GUGUGUGUAUGUGUGAAUGGUCAUUCAACAACCGGAUGAAUGACUUGAAAUGUUUAAACACAGUCUCUCUCAUUCACCAACGAUAUUUCAUUCUCGCCCGCUAUCACGGCUCGGAAAAUGAGGUCGCUCGGCUUUGUGUGUGCUUUAAAAGCCCCGGGAUGGCCGGACCUUGAGAUUUGUUUAGUUUUAUCACACGGAUUAUAGGACAGCUGGCUGAUGAACGAGCUUUUACCUCGCCAAGGCCAACCUCUGAGACAUUUUCGACCUCUUGAAUAUGUGUACUGGUUUGUGUGUAAGAAGGGCAGAGUGAUUAUUAGAGGAAGAUGGGGGUUGUGUGUGUGUGUAAGUGUGUAUGAUUAGCAGAGGACACAGAAAAAGGCUUGGCGUGUGCUUGGUGGUAGAUACGGCGGGACAGGAGGUGGCAUUAUCAGUGGUGCGUGAACGAGCGCUACUGAUCCAGCAGCACUGAUUAAAGAUUAAGACUCAACUCGGCAAGCUCAUCUAGCCGGAUUUCUCCCUGUGCGCCGAGCACCGAAUCAGCUCCACACGUCACGCUUCGUGAGCACAGGAACCCACAAUCGCUUUUCUCCCAUACCACUCUCUCGCUCGCUUUCACUUCUAUCUGACCCUCCCUACAUCAUGUCUCGCUGCUCCACGUGAUAGCAUCAGUCUCCACUGUGGGAGGUUUAUCACUGAGCCAGCGCCUUUAUGGCCACGCUUUGGAUCAGUAAGACUGCUCUUAUAUGUACAUCAUCCAGGCUCGUAAAGAAGCAGCACUUUCCCCCUUAUUGACUCGACCAGGAUGCGUCCGAGAUGUAGAUCUAAGACGGAAACCGCUAUUAAGGCUGGAACUCCGGUGCCUUUACUUCAAAACAAUUCAUUCUGAUUUAUUUAGCAGUUUUGAGUUUUUUAUAUUUCUACACGUAAAGCACCUUUUAAAGUCACAAACAUGACACAGCUAAGUAUAUUGAGCACAUGUAAAAUCCAAAUGCAUUUGAUUUAUUAAUAAGGCCAUGUUUUUAUUUCUUUACUAGCAACCUACUUUCUCCCUUCUACAUGGCAGCUCUACACUGUGGUCCUAUUGCGUAAAUCACAUUAAGUGGAAAUUGUUUUACUUUCUUAAGCAAAGAAAAUCACAAAGAGCAGACAUCAAACAUAAAUAACGUAAUAGUAAAAAUAAAUUCAGUUUAUUUACCCCACAGAUGUGUUUUUAUACCUCUGUCCAUCUCUCCAUCCGGGCAUCUAUCCGAGAUCAUCAGCGUGAUAUCUCAAGAAUGAGUGGUUUACUGAUUUUUGGAUUUAUAUGGCAUUAUCAUUGUAGGCAGCAAAUGAACUGAUUAGACUUUGGAAUUGAUCCAAAGGUCACAGCAAGGUCAGAUGUCUGAAACAGUUUUUCUUCAAUAGCUUCCUUCCUGUUUGAAGUAUAUUUUAAGGGGAUUUCAGGCGUAUAAAUUAGUAACAAGAAGGACUAGACUUGUUGGCGGUGGAGUCAUUCACAUCAAAACUGUUGGCAUUGAGUUCUACUUGUUUUUCUUUUUUCACUGGUGGAUCGGAGCGAGUUUUGUACUGAUAUGGAAAAAAGCAGCUUAGCAGUACGUACACUAACCAUAACAGCACUGCUUUUCAGUUGUACUAGCUAAUUAGCUUAGAUUGAUUGUAUUCUGAGUUGAAAUAGCUCUGAUUUGACACAUCGUAAAUCUCCUCAGAUGUACUCAAUGAUAAGACUUUCUGUUUUUUUCUAACAGCACUUUGGCAUCCAUGUUGGAUUUUCUUGCUUGAGCUGUAACCUGAUGGAGUCAGUCAGGUGAUGUCACAUAAAACAUGCCCUGGAAAUCGAGUUAAAAACUCAAAGUUGCCAAAAAUGUUCAUCUUGAUGCUAGAAUGAUAUAUUUAUUUAACUGUUUAAGCAACAUAUUAACUGUAUUUGCUCAUUACAUAGAGAACAUAGCGUAGAACAUGCACUAGUGCAUGCAUAGUGCACUACAUAGUUCACAAAAAUGUCUCUAUUUUACUGCUACUUACAAGUAAUAUCACUGCUUUUAGGACAGAUUUUUUUAUUCAGUUUUUACAAUUUGAAAACUGUAAGGACCUUUUUUGUGUAAAUGGCAUGCAUGUAUUUCGAACCCUACUUCAUGGGUCAUUUAAACUAAAAGUAGAAUUUGCCAUGUGAAUGUGGAUUAUUAAAUUACUGAAACAGUGAAGAGUGCGAUUUGUUCUCGACGACGUUGUGGUGAGAGCCGAGCUCUUUUCUUGGUACCAACCAAACCAAAAAUUCUCUAUAUGGACAUGGCGUGCAUGAACAUCACCUCACUAAGUGAUGUUUUAUUUAGUGUCAGGCCAAAGAAAAUCAAUUAGCAAAUUUCUGGUAGUAGUCUGCCCAUCGAUUAAGCGAUUACAUAACGAGUACUCGUUCAGCUUGUCACCGUCAUGAUUUUAGCUACACUACGUUUCUCAGACUGUAGAAGAAAUGCGGAAGCCCUUUACUCUCUCACUCGUUCUCUGUGAUAAUAGGAACGCCGCACACGGCCUCCCUGAAACAGUAAUGUUACGCAGUGCAGCGGAGACGCCGUCACACCUGUGUGCAACACUAUUAAUUGUGUUGUUCUGUGUUGUUGCAUGAUGCUGCGCUGUUUGUUAAUGAAACACGUCACACACCGACCCAGUUUGUGCUCAUUUAAAUGGCCUGUUAGAGGGAAAGCAGCUUUGCUGCACUCACCUGCUCUAAAAAAGAAAGAGAGUCCUUGAGAGAAGAAAGAUGUGUGAGUUUUAUAAACGUUCAUUCAGAAAUCCACCGUCUCGAGUCCCAUUCACAGACUGAUGAAUCGAGCGAGUUAGGAGCAGUGUCUUAAUUUUCAUUAAGUGCCCUUUCCCCCUCGAGGGUGUGUAACCAUGGAUUCGGCUCCUAACCGGGUUUCCCUCACCGCUGAUCCCCAGCCAAAUUUAAUUCUGUGUCUCCUGGGUGCUCUCCCCAGGCCCCGAACCACGCAUCCUCGCAACACCAUCCUGUGUGUCUACAAGUGUAUCUGAGCUUCUUAAAACACACACACUUUGGCGUCUUUCCUGGAGACCGGCUUGGCUGCACCUCUGCAACCUGGGAUUACAUUAGUUUCCAUUCUCGUGCAUGGCUGGCUAGGUGUAUUAGCCAAGCGCUAGCCGAGCAGCGGCAUUCACGGAAAGCAGGCAGCCUUCUACUCGGGGAAAAAAAAAAUGAUAAAGCUGUUGGAUUUCACAUCACAUUUUGCUCACUGACCUUCAGCGAAAUGUUAGAGCUUAGCCUGGUCCGGCUGCCUGGUUGAGCCUGUCUCAAUCUCCGAAUCAGAGAGCUCGUUUACAACAAAGAUAAAACCCCACAGGGUCGGAUUUGUUAGAGAACAGAAAUGUCGAAAAGUGUGUGUGUGUGUGUGUGUGUGUGUGUGUGUGUGUGUGUGUGUGGGUAUGUGUUAUAGUUUUCACACUCAAAACCCAGCACACUAUGAUCAUAUCUCUACUGAUAAUGUUUGAACUUUCCAAUUUGCAUCAUUCAAACACUCCCACAUACACACUGUUUCUGGAUUGUGAUUGGUCAGAAGGUGUUGAUGCAGAUCACAGGUUUAUAAUAAAAUGCUAACUCUGAUACGUUAUCGUUUCUAUAGUAACUGCUCAUUAACAGGGAUUUGUAUUAUGGCGCUCCAUGUAAUGAUAAACAGAUCAACAAAAAAAGCGUGUAAUCGUUGAUAUGGUGAAGUUUUCUGUGAGGAGAUGUUUAUUUAACAUUUAUGGAAGGAGUCUCCAGUUUCAGGUUAGGUAUGUGUCGUUCCUUAAUAAAUAAAACAGCGAAUUGUGCUGGAGAGUUGCUGUGGAAUAAGAGGAAUGCAUCCGGGCAUGCUCUUAUAGAAAAAUAAAUAAGUUUGUUAUGGUAUCAGUAACUCUGCUUCAUCACACCACUCCGUCGUUGAUUAUUUUCCUGUAACAGCGCAGCAUGAAGCUCAGCUCUAGGCUUUAGUGCGUCUCUGUGCUGAAGAUGCUGACCCAGCACUUGAUCCAGACCAAAGCACAAUAAGCGAGACAGAAUCUCAAUUAUCCUGCAGUGAAUAAUAAAGCCAUGCAGUGUGCUGUAAAACUCAUUACACACCGACACACAACACGCACAACACACCGAUCUGCUCGAUGUCCUUCAUACCAGCGCCGUCGCUCUCAUCCACUUCAUAUGUACUGAAGCCGAGCUCACAAAAUCUCCAUCGUCCCUUAUGUCCACACUGCCUCUGGCUUUACACACCGUGUUAAUGCUGGACAGUAAUCGCGUGCCUGGAGUGGACAAGGACACCGGGUAAAGGCCGUGCAGAGGUCAGGUGUUAUUUUAUAGAGUGUGUGACCUCACCUUGCAGCUCAGCUCUCAGCCUUAGGGAUGUGAUUAUCUGCCGCAGCAAGAGACGAGAAACAGAAAUGUACAAUAUUUUGCAUUAAACCCGAAAAUCUGCAGGCACAAGAAAGCCAUUACGGCAUUCCUCUGAAGGUUUUUCUUCAAUUUGUACCACUUUAUGCCAUGUACCCUCGAUAAAUGAUGGCAGAAUGAGGGGAAAAAUUGGGGGUAAUAACUCAAACCUCGGUGCAAAAAUAAUACUCUUAAUACGAUGUCAAAGACCAGUGGGAAUGAGGACAAAUGGCGGAGCUCCCCUGGGGUUCACGGGCGAAAGAAUUAACGAAGCCUGUCACCCCGACCCAGCCGCCGUCGUUGCUAUGGAAACGGACGCCCGGGCGCCUCUGGGUAACCGUGGUGACACAGUUGCCGCGGCAGCCAGCCUGCACCUCUACUCCUAGGCAACAGAGAGCUGGGAAGAGAGCAUGGAUAAGAACCUGCAUCUCAAACAGCACAAACGAGCUGUAAUGGAGCUUAAUGACGUCUAAGGGGAAAAUUCAUGCGGUUACAGACUUUAUCAUGUCUUUGUCUCAGCUGUAAUGAACCCUCAGUUCUGAGGUGCAACACUCUCUAUAAUCUGCUUUACUGUAUCUGUGUGAUUUCUGGAUCUUGUCGUCUUAAUCCACGACAGCUUUGCGCAGGUCUAAGAGGUUAGCAAGCGAAGAUUAAGAGAGCUUAUUAAAACGAUCAGAGACGUGGCCAGAAUUUCUGCAUCCACAUGGUCAGUUCUUCAGUUCUUCAUGUCCUGUAGAUUAAAAUGCUAACCUGCUGGGAAUGAAAUUAACUCUGUAGCUCAUUAGUCACAAGUUUCUUUUCCAAAUUUAUUAGCCAGGCACUGGUUCUCACUAGCCCAAACAUCAAUAUCUCAAACGUAACUGUGGCCUUUUUAAUUAAUAAUCCUUAACACUGAGUGUUAGCUGAUAUUGCCUUACCUUAAGCUUCCUAUAAGUAAGGAAUAACACACCUGGGGGAGUGCUGUUACAGGAGAUUAAUCAACGACGGGGUGGUGUGAUGAAGCAGAGUCACUCCUACCACCCUAAAGUUGAUUAUUUACCUAUAACAGCACAUCCCCAAGUGUUAUAUUCUUCUUAUAACACAGCAAUUUGCCAACAAUUGCUCUGGUUAUUAAUUAAAAAAUGACAUUUCAUACUUUUUUAAUCUGUUUAUAGUUACAUUUAAUAUUAUGGAACAUUUAAUGUUGUGGAACAAGUUAGUUCCUGUUGUCAGUUACGUUACAGCAGCUAUAAACAUUUGUUCCCUCACCACUCUCUCUUUAUUCCCUGUCUUACGUUAAUAAGACGAAAAAAAACACAGCUUGUCAUGUUACAGAGAAAACACAAAACGUAAAAUCUUCUGUCCUGAAGAUGUCAGAAAACUUAUGGUUUUACCUCUGACUGUUACAAAGCACUGACACUGGAGACUCCUUUCUUAAAUGUUAAAUAAACAUCUCCUUACAGAAAACUUUACCAUAUCAGUGAAAACGAUAAAGUCUUGCUUUGUUAAACAACGUUUUAAUCUGUGUGUUAUUAGUCUUAGAUUACAUAGAGUGAGUGUCAUGUCAAGUUCCUGUGUAAAGUAACUGUAGAAGCGAUAAUAUCUUAGAGAUGAGGAAAUCUAUACACUAAUACUGGAUAGAAUACACACUAGUUUUGGAUGAACAUUACGGUAAGGUUAAGCACUAAAGUGGCUUUUCAUUUCAUAAUGUUACCCGUGCCAGAUUUUACCUCUAUUUCACACCCGGCUGUUACUAUUACUGGAUAAAAAGCCAGAUAGGUUUCAGUUUAUGUAAACUCAAUCCCACUGGCUUGCUUUCAGGGAAGACUUCAUCUCAGAUUCUGGCUAAAAUAUCGCUUUGGAGAGUUAAUGUGUAAAAACAUUUACAUUUAAUUCACUCGUGGUUUUGGAACUAGCUCUAAUCAUUAAAUUAAGCUAGAUCUAAAAAUAAUAUAAAUGUAAAAGCAGUUCCACGUUAUGUGAAGAUGAGUGUGAAAGUAUGGGGAAGUUAUCCGAGCCCCAUGGCGUCUGGGUCUGAGCCGGGGGAAUCAAGUGGCUGAGGAGUGCGGAGAAGCAGAGCGAGAUAAAAGGGAAGCCCCCGCUCUGCCAAGCCCUCAAUGAGAUCCCAGCUGUGUUCACUUUAAGCCACUGUCCCCUCUCACCUCAUUCAGAUGGAGAGAAAUGAGACGCUGCUCGAAAACACGUAGAGCUCAGGGUGCGCAGGUCAGAGAGAGAGUCGGAUAACGCGUUAUAUUACCCUCACACAUCCACUCGGAAUUACAAUUCCCAACAAUCCACUCCUACAUCCCGUGACUGGUACUUAUCAGAGAGAGAGAGAGGGAGAGAGAGAAUUAGAGAGUGAGACAGAGAGACACAGACUGAUAGACAGAGAGAGUGAGGGAGAGAGACAGAGAGAGAGGGAAACAAAAAGUAAGAGAGAGACAAAGAAAGCCAAAGAAUGAGAUAGAGACGGAGUGAGGGAGUGAGAGAUGGAGACAGAGAGACACAGAGGGAGAGAAAGACACAGAGAGAUAGAGAUAGACAGACAGAGAGACACAGAGGGAGAGAAAGACAGAGAUAGACAGAGCCAGAGAGAUAAAGGCAAAGAGAGUUACAGAAAGACAAAGAGAGAGAGACAGCAAGGGAGAGAGAGAAGAAAGCUAAGAGUGAGGCAGAGAGAGGAACAGAGUGAGACAGAAUGACAGACAGAGAGAGACAGGGAGAGGCAGACAAAGGGAAACAGGGACAGAGACACAGAGGGAAAGAGAGAGAUAGAGAGAGAGACACGCAGAGAGAGAGACAAUUUGUUCAUUUAUUUACUUGCUUUGGCAAGAAUGUCUCAGAGAGAGAGAGAGAGAGAAAGAGAGAGAGAGAGACAGAUUACAAAGACAUAAAGAGUGACAGACAGACAGACAGAGUGAGAGAGACAAACAGAGGGAGAAAGACAGAGAGAGAGUGACAGACAGAGAGAGAGAGGACAUAUGUGUUGCUGCAUGUUGCUGUAUUUAGAGACAGUGAGGUGGAUGUAGAGGGAUUACUGCUGGAUGUGGGCAGGUUUCUGGCUUGAUUAAAUACACUUUAGCGGAUUAAUCAAAAGACAGAUCGUAAAUCAUCUCUGCACACACCAACCUCCUGCAACCCAACCUACAGCUGUGGAAACUCUUACUCACUGCUUUGGAUCUGAGAGACAGAGAGAGACAGAGAGAGAGAGAGAGAGAGAGAGAGAGAGAGAGUAUAAAUACAAACAGAAAGAGUAUGCUGACAGUGCCGCUGCAUUUUCACUGCACUGGACACAGACAUACUGUAGUGAGUUCCUUUCAUUUCUGAGCGCUGAUUACAGUUAUUUAAUCGUUCUCAUGUGAUUUGCUUUCGCUCUUCUGUCCGUUUGGAGUCAGACUUUUUUGGUUUGGGCUUUUAAACAGGACAUCAGUGAUAUAAUCCUGGUGGUCAGAUGUGUGGACGCAGAGGGAAGCACACUAAUGCCUGCCUUCACUUAAUUCUAUUUAUACCACAGCACUGUCGAAUUCUGGACUGUGAUUGGUCAGGAAGUGUUGAUUAUUUUUCUAUAACAGCAGGUCUGACAGUAGUGCAGCUGUAAAUCACAGGUUUAUAUUGUUGCGCUCUUAUAUCGUUUCUAUAGUAACGGCUCAUUCAUGUUCAAGUACAUAAUUGUGAUUAAAAAACGUGUGUAAUCGUUGACUUUUUUGCGUUUAACAUUUAUGGCAGGAGUCUCCAAUAAAUACUCGGAAACAUGAUGGUGCUGCAGGUCAGGGUCCAGGGUUCGAGCUUGAGCUCAGCUUACCUUCUGACCAGAAUAAAACAGUUCCUGAAGAUGAAUGAAUUAAUAAACAACAUAAAUGCUUAAAAAUUAAUUACACAUCAUUAAAUCAAACUGCCUGUUCCAACUGUUUAAGGUUCCUCCUGUCACAGAAUGGUAAAUGGAGGCAGUACAAACAAAACAAAACAACCAAAACUGUGAAAACAAGAACCAUAAACAUGAACUAUGGAUACAAGGCAAAAACAUACAGACUACAAGCGAGACUGUGGCACGCAUGACAGCACACGACAACGCACGACAAUAACAAAAAUUUGAAUUUAAAUAAUGGUGCUAACAAGGUAUAAUGAGACACAGGUGAGAGUGAUUAGUGACAUGUGAUGUGCUGAGGCUGAUGGGUAGUGUAGUUCAGCGCCCAUUGGUGCUACCAUGACACCUCCUUUUUGAUAUAUAUAUUUUUUGCAACAAUUCACCAGCGACCAGCGUAACGACACCUGCAGAGGAAUUUGGUUAACUCAGGAAAAACUUUUCAAUAGAGAUGCUUUUGAUCCGAUACCCAGGGUCGGUACAGUGAAUCGGAUAUCUGAGAAAAAAAGAAUGAAUUCAAUCUGAUCCAAACGGAAAAGAUUGGAAUUGGAUUUGGGGAAGAUUUUUUAAAAAAUGUUGACUUGACUGUAUUGUUUUGUUAGGACUGAUUUUUUUUUUAUUAUAUUCAUACUUUAUUAUAUUUAUUGUUUUUGCAUAUUUACUGUAUGUAAUAGAUUUUUGUGUGAAAGAAAGAAUAAAAAACUGAAUAAAAAAAAAAAAAAUAUCGAAUGGGUAUCAGCUGAUACUCAGGGUUUCAGUAUUGGUAUCGGAAAAGAAAACGUGGUAUCGUGCCAUCUCUACUUUUAAGAGGUUUAUUUAGUUGUUAUUUGAACUAGCUAGAGUCCAUGAAAGAGGCAUUAUUGGUACUUCAUUAGCUUGAUGUCUGUGGAACCCUAAUAUUGACUGAUUUCAUUAGCCGUAUGUGCGGAGUAUGUACAUAACCUUUGACCUCUACAUCCUCUCCUAAUGUCUAAUUGAAUGUAAUUUUCCGUUAGGAGCCGAGGCCAUGCCUGGGCCUUUUUUUUUUUAUCUUCUUUUUUCAGACAGGAAGCAGACGGAGGUGUAGUUAACAUUGCACAACAAAAGGUAGUGACAUGAGGAACAAAAGAGCCUCCAGCUUUCAGCACGAGCCCAAAAAGAGUCCCGAAUGCUGCGUCUUUCCUGCGUUUGUUUUUCUCUGACAUCACGGUUAGUUGCAAUGGUGCACAGAGCACCGUCAGUCUCCUGAAGUGACCGAGAAGCCGGCACUUGUCACACGAGUUACUGAGGCAUGUGACAUGUGACACCUGCUGAAGGAGGGUUUCGCACAGGUUACACCCUCAGCCACAGCUCUCGCAGGUAAACACGAGCCGGAUGAGUCGAGGCUUGCUGAGGAGCGUGAAAAACAAGAAGCCGUUCCUCUGCUUCUAAAGGGCGUCCCGAUAGAGCAGAGGAAAGGAUCGAGCCUCAUGAGAGCCUCCACAGAGCAGGAGCCUUGGUCUAAAUGGGUCCGGUCAUGCCUCCCAGCAAGAAGCCGGAAGCUUCCGGGGUGAGCGUGGCGAGCGGCUUGAGCCAGCUGUACCAGGUGGGCUCCAUCACUCGGGCGCUGUGUGAGGAUGAUGAACUGGAGCUGGCGCUGCCCGUGCCGGCCAUCAAGCUGGAGAAGUCGGGCGCCGAGGACGAGGAGCUGACCAACCUCAACUGGCUGCACGAGAGCAAGAACCUGCUGACGAGCUUCGGCGACCCCGUGCUGAGGAGCGUGAGCCCCGUGCAGGAGCCCGACGACGACCCGCCUCCCUCCCCGGCCACCUCCGACCUCGCCUACGACGCCAAGCACAACCCCAACUGCAAACCGCCGUACUCCUUCAGCUGCCUCAUCUUCAUGGCCAUCGAGGACGCGCCCUCCAAGAGGCUCCCCGUAAAGGACAUUUACAACUGGAUCCUCGAGCACUUCCCCUAUUUCGCCAAUGCCCCGACUGGGUGGAAGAACUCCGUCAGGCACAACCUCUCACUCAAUAAGUGUUUUAAGAAAGUCGACAAAGACAGGAGUCAGAGUAUCGGGAAGGGUUCCCUGUGGUGCAUAGACCCGGAAUACAGACACAAUCUCAUCCAGGCGCUGAAGAAGACGCCUUAUCAUCCCUACUCCCAAGUGUUCACCACGCCUCCCACCUCUCCUCAGGCAUAUCAAAGCCUGUCCAGUCCUCCAAUUUGGCCAGGGAAUCACUUCUACCGAAAAAAUAAAGGAGUCCUCCUACCAGAUGCGGAUAUAGAAGCUGCCGUCUCCAUGAUGUGUUUGAAUCGUCCUGAGAUGCCCGAGUUCUUCCCUCAGGGAGUGAUCCGGAACGGAGCUUGUAUGAUGAGCCCGGGCCUCUUCCCAGGAAUUCGACCUCUUCCCAUCAAUCCUAUUGGCAGCAGAGCGGCCGCCGUCAGGUCAGUCCUGGCUGGCUGCAGGAUUCGCAGCGAAAGCGAGCCGUCCUGCGACUCUCCACUGGUCAGCAGCGACCCCAAGGAGGACCACAAUUACAGCUUCGGCAAAUCUUCCAACUCGACAUCCGGAGAGAAAACGCAGCUCGACUGCGGUGCGUCCGAGUUCCACAGUCACGACGCCACCAGCGACACGGACGACGACGACAGGGCCAAGAUCAAGAAGGAGCCCAAAGAGUGGGCGGUGGACGCUCUGGCCCUGGCGCAGCACAACAAGUGGCACCAUUUGACAAAGGUCAAACAGAGAGUGGCCAGUGACAUGCUGCCUUUAAAAAAGAGGCGCACGGAGAAGCCUCCGGAAAGCGAUGACGAGGAGAUGAAGGAGGCAGCGGGUUCUCUGCUCCACCUGGCUGGCGUCAGAGCCUGUUUGAACAAUAUCACCAACCGGACGGCCAAGGGCCAGAAAGAGCAAAAAGAGUCCAUGAAAAAUAACUAAACUGUGUUAUGAGGAAGAGAAAAAAAAAAAAAGAAACAUCACUUUUAAUAGAAUUUACUAUUUUUUUCCAGGACAUCAGGUGAAUUCUACUGAUUUGUGGCAAUAUCAACAAUUAACUUUGUUUUCCUACCUUUAUAGGUGAAGUUAUUGAGGGUUCUUUAUUUUUUAUUGUUUUUAUUUCUUUUUUUUAAAGGAGAUUAAAGCCAUAGCAAAAAAAAAAAAUUCAGCUGAUUUACUAAUGGGUUUUAUUUGGCUGAUAUUAACAUUAAAUAAGAAGAAAAUUCCACACGCACUUAGAUGAGAGAAAACAGUGCUGUCGAUAAGCGAAGCGUCCCGUGGGCAGCUACAUGCGACCGGGCAGCACGACUGUGUGUAGGGGUUAUGUGAUAUAUAGUUCUAGUGCACUAGGAGUAGUGUACACUUCUCUUAGUCGUGUGGUGUGAGUGCACUUGCUGCCCUGAGCGCUAAUCCGAUCCGACGGCAUGGCCGCAUGGUCUUGGAUUAUUGUAGCUGCUGAAAAUCAGACGUUCCCGAGUCCAAUGUUAAUCUGUGAAAUAAAUCCGAAGCCAUAAGCCUUUGUGCUUUUUGGAGGCAAAUAUACAUUAGAUGUAUGAUAUAGACAAAGAAAUUGUUCUCACUGCCCACGUUCCUCCCUUAAGCAAUCAAAAAGAGUGUUAUUACUCAAAUGAAGUAAAGUGACAUAGUGAUAUUCCCCUUACAGAACAGUAAAAUAAUCCCUGACAGAAACGAUGCUACUAAACCUGCCAAUUGUAAUUUAGUGAUAAAAAAAAUAAUGAAAUGACUGUGGAAAUGUUUUGUGGGAUUUUUUUUAGUUGGUUUAAUUUUUACUCCUAUUUUUGUUUUAUUUUGUAUAAAUUCUUUCUUAUGUUUUAAUUUUCUAAUCCUCAUGAUGUAAGAAGCAAUUUCAUCCAGUCAGGAUAACACUGUAUAAAAUGUUACACUAGACCUUUUUUUGUUUUUUUUGUUUUUUUUUUCCCUUUCUUAAUUUAAGCAAUGUAGCCAGCAGGAUUUUUUUUUUUCUCCAAAAAUCGUGUUGCAUGGGUUUCUUGUAAAGAAGACGAAGAUCUUUUUUUUUAUUCAAAAAGUUGUAAGGUAAAUAAUGUAUUUAGCAUGAAGCAUGAAUUAUUUUCAUAUAAAUAUAGAUCCUAGAGAACAAAAAGGCACCGCCUCUAAUCUAAUUUCUAUGCCCACAGGCCUACAGUCACUUUUUUUUUUGUUUUUUUUUUGUUUUGUUUUUUGUUUUUGGUUUUUUUUUGUCUUGAUUUGUCCUCAUCGUACAAAAGCAGGCAUUUUACAGAAUAACCUUCUUCAGGGACAAAUGCUGACUGUUGGGCAACACUCUGUGCAAUAUGGGGACUUCACCUUCUUUCCAAGUGUAGGGCUGUCAGCCCCCCUCUCCGCUCUCUCCAUCAGAUCAGCUCCGGUGUGUGAGCGUGUGUGUGUGUGUGUGUGUGUGUGAGCGUUCAGCAUUGUUGCUUAGCGCUCAGCUCUGUAAGGGCAAGUUGGUAGUGAGUGUCUGUUCCUUUUCUUCCAUUUUUUUUUUUUUUUUGGGGGGGAGGGGGUCUUCCAUUUACACAGCACAGGUAAUACACACGCUCACACACUCUUCCCUCUACGUAGCACUGUUCAGUAUUAAAUACACACACA